UCUUGAUCCCUCACUCCACGGCCCACACUCCACGCUAGCUAGAUAUGGCAACCAUGGCGCGGCCUCUCGAAAUGCUGCUGCUGCUCUUGCUCGCCGUACAUGUAGCGGCGGCUAGCAACAUCCACACCCCCGAGCGGGACGCGCUGCGGGCAUUCAGGGCCGGCGUGUCGGACCCGGAGGGCAAGCUCCAGUCGUGGAACAGCACGGCGCACUUCUGCCGGUGGGCGGGGGUGAACUGCAUGCACGGGCACGUCACGGCCCUGCGGAUGAUGUCCUUCGGCCUCACCGGGACCAUCUCCCCUGCCUUGGGCAACCUCACCUACCUGGAGAGGCUCGACCUCAACCGGAACGCCCUCUCCGGAGGCAUCCCGGCGAGCCUUGGCCAGCUGAGGCACCUCAACUAUCUUGGCCUUUGCGACAACGGUGGGGUGAGCGGGGAGAUACCCGACAGCCUCUGCAACUGCACUAGCCUUGCCACUGCUUAUCUCAACAAUAACACCCUCACCGGCACCAUCCCGGCAUGGCUCGGCACGCUGCCAAACCUCACCACUCUCUGGUUAAACCAGAACUUGCUCACCGGCGAAAUCCCGCCAUCAUUUGGCAACCUUACAAAACUUGAUAGCCUCUGGCUACACCAGAACUUUCUGGAAGGCACCCUCCCCGAAGGCCUCUCACGUCUUGCUCUCCUUCGGGACCUCAAUGUCUACCAAAACCACUUGGGCGGUGAUAUCCCACCAAGAUUCUUCAACAUGUCUUCGUUAGAAGACAUGUCCCUUGCUAACAAUGAGUUCACCGGAAGCCUGCCAUCAUACGCAGGAGCUCGGAUGACAAAGCUUCAGGUCCUCCUCCUCGGUGGGAACAACCUGACUGGGCCGAUCCCAGCAUCUCUAGCCAACGCCACAGCCAUGGUGUCUCUCAGCCUCUCCAACAAUAGCUUCAACGGACAGGUGCCUCCUGAGAUUGGCACGUUAUGCCUCAGUAAGUUGGAGAUGUCCAACAAUGAGUUAACUGCAACCAAUGAAUACGGCGGUUGGGAAUUCUUGGACAGUUUGACAAAGUGCAACAGCCUAGAAAUUCUUUCUCUGGACAACAACAAGUUCAGUGGCACAAUGCCACGCUCCAUCGGCAACCUCUCGAGGAAGCUUUUGGAUUUGAACCUCGGGGGUAACCGCAUAUCUGGUUCUAUUCCAUCUGGUAUGGAGAACCUCAUUGCACUGCAAACCUUGGGGCUAGAAUCCAAUCUCCUCACUGGUACCAUUCCAGAGGGGAUUGGGAAGCUCAAGAACCUUACAGAGUUACGGCUGCAGGAGAACAAGUUGUCGGGGCCGGUGCCAUCUUCCAUCGGGAGCCUGACAGAGCUCCUUAGGCUUGUUCUUAGCAACAAUGAAUUGAGCGGAUCAAUCCCUUUGACCCUCGGCAACCUACAGAAGGUGGCUCUUCUCAAUCUCUCCAGCAAUGCACUCACCGGUGAAGUCCCAAGACAACUCUUCAACUUGCCAUCGUUGUCGCAAGCAAUGGACUUGUCGAACAACCGGCUUGAUGGCUCGCUUCCUCCUGAUGUCAUCAGACUUGGGAACCUUGCACUCCUGAAGUUGUCAGGAAACCGUUUGACCGGUGAGAUACCAAAGCAGCUUGGUAGUUGCCAGAGCUUAGAGUUCCUCGGGUUGGACAACAACUUCUUUAGUGGAAGCAUCCCACCUUCCUUGAGCAAGCUGAAGGGGCUUCAGAUGCUGAACCUGACGAGCAACAAAUUGUCGGGAAGGAUACCCGCAGAGCUCGGAGGCAUGUCCGGGCUGCAGGAGCUGUACCUUUCAUGGAACAAUCUGACUGGAACAGUCCCAGAAGAGAUGGCGAAUAUGAGUUCGUUGAUCAAGCUGGAUGUGUCAUACAACCAUCUGGAAGGGCACGUGCCACUUCGGGGUGUGUUUGCAAACAUGACUGGGUUUAACUUCACCGAGAAUGGCGAGCUCUGUGGUGGCGUGCCUCAACUCCAUCUUCCACAAUGUCCGGUGGUAAGGUACGGAAGCCAUACUAAUUGGCCUCUUCAUAUCAUGGCACCGAUCCUAGGCAUAGUUCUCAUCUCGGCCAUACUCCUUACCAUUUUCCUAUGCUACAAGAGAAACUCGAGACACACAAAAGCCACGACACCAGAAAUACUUGAUGCCUCGAACUACCAGAGGGUCUCGUAUGCCGAAUUGGCGAAAGCCACAAACGGCUUUGCGGAUGCCAAUCUGAUAGGUGCAGGAAAGUUUGGUUCCGUGUACCUUGGAGUUCUCCCGCUGGAUGACAACGGAACACCCGAGAGUGUUCCUGUGGCGGUGAAAGUAUUUGAUCUUCAGCAAGUCGGAGCCUCCAAGACAUUCCUGUCGGAAUGUGAGGCGUUGCGGAGUAUAAGGCACCGGAAUCUGAUCCGGAAUAUCACCUGCUGCUCCAGCAUUGAUGGUAGGGGCGAUGACUUCAAAGCUCUAGUGUUCGAGCUCAUGCCCAAUUACAGCCUAGACAGGUGGUUGCAUCCGACACCCGAAGCUCUCAAGAAUGUAGGCAGUCUAACGGCGAUCCAACGGCUCAACAUCGCCGUGGACAUCGCCGACGCGCUGCACUAUCUUCACAGCAACUGCGUACCCCCGAUCAUACACUGUGAUCUCAAGCCGAGCAACGUUCUUCUCAGCGAGGACAUGACGGCCUGCAUCGGUGACUUUGGCCUCGCGAAGCUACUCCUUGAUCCGGGUAUCCAUGACACCAUGAAUUCAGAGAGCACCAUUGGAAUCAGAGGCACCAUCGGCUACGUCGCACCAGAGUAUGGAACGACCGGCAAAGUUUCAACACACGGCGACGUCUAUAGCUUCGGCAUCACGCUGCUGGAGAUCUUCUCCGGGAGGUCCCCGACGGAUGACAUCUUCAGAGAUGGACUGACUUUGCCAGGGUUCGUUGGCGCGGCUUUUUCCAACAGAACAGAGGAGGUCCUUGACGCGACACUGCUGGCGACCAAGGAAUUCGAUGGUGAUAGCGGCGUCUCGGUGCACGAUUGCUUGGUUUCUGCUAUCCGGGUUGGGCUUAGCUGCACGAGAGCGGCGCGGUACGAGAGGAUGAGCAUGAGGGAUGCGGCCGCCGAGCUGCGCGCGAUCAGAGAUGCUUGUGUCCGGGCUUGAAUCCUGGCUACUGCCUACUGAGUUUUUCUUCCGGGAGGGAUGUGUAGUGUAGACGUGUAGUACCGUGUAUGUUUAUGUUCAGGGUUCAGGCUUCACACAGUAUGUUGUUCAGGAGAAACAACUUGAAACUUUUAUCAUAAGAGAGAAUAAUG